AUGGAGAGGGGCAACGAUCCUUUUGAGAUCCUAUGGGAACGUUUCACAGGGAUCGAUGGUCAAGACGCAGAAGACAUAAGGAACGAAAAGGGUGAGUCGAGGGACAAUCCAGCGAGAAGACCACUUGACAACGAUACCGAGCUGGGAUCCGGUCUCUACCAGAGAUUUGGAGCAGCUUUCCCGCCCGAGUCGACCAGGAUAAACGAAUCUAAGAGGAUUGGAUCCUCCACAGAGAUCGUCGAUCUAACCGGCGACUCGGAGAGUGAAAAGCAGGGUGGGAUCGCGGAUGAAGCUUUCUUGAUCUUCCUGCAGCACACGUAG